UUUCCAGCUACUUCUUUUAACUAUAUUUGUCAAUUUCUGAAAAUUCUUUGGCUUUUUAGCAGUUAAAUGUGGUGAUUAGCAGUAAAGUUUGGAUUUUUAUUUUGAUUUCUGAACUAAAUAAGCUUUUGAAUCCAUUUUGCAGCAGUUGGGUCAAAUGGGUAUCGAAGAUUAAUUCAUGUUUAUCUGUGUGUGUGUGUGUGUAUGAAUCUCCAUGGAUGUAAAGGUUAAUGGAGUAUACAGCCGAGAUGCUCUGUACAGGAGACAAAUAAAAACUCCAUCCCAAGUUGCGGUACCAGACAACAAUUAUACUGCUUUACAGCCCACUUGAAAAUAAUACUAAACUAGAAUAAUACCUCUGUCCCUCUUUCUCUCCGUCCCUCUCUUUCUCUUGUUCAUCGUCAUCACCAUCUUGAUAUGCAACAUGCUUCCUCUGCUUCAAAUUCUUCUUUUUCUGUGAGGGGAUUGUUGGAAUUUUGUAUUUUUGAACUUGAAAAUUGAAGAGAAGAAAAGGGUAGGUGUUAUAUAUUGAUUUGAUUGUACGUAUUUGGUGGGUUUUGGAUAUAAAUAUUGGUGAUUUAUAGUAAUGGGUUUUGGGUUUGUGAGUUUUAUUUGGGGUGGUUUGGUGGAAGGGAAGUCUUGGAAAUAAUCCCCAACCCUGAGACUGUUGUCGGCGCGAGGUCUCUUUCUGUCGGCAUUGUCUGUAUCCAACGAUGAUUCUCGAAUUUAUUUAUUCAAAAGUACAACCACGAGAUUGAUUGAUUGAUUGAUUUUAUUCCUUCAUUCGUUCAUUAGUUUCAGUUCUUGCAGCUCCUGAAAGCUGUGUAUAUCUCUGCUUCCUUUUGCCUGCCUUUGUCAGAGUUGCAACUCCAAGAAUUGGUGCUGAUCAUAACUGGGUUUAUAUUACUCUUGAUUUUCACUGUGUUUUUUAUCAUUUUUGCUGGGUUUUGAGAUUGAGAUUGAGAGAGACUUCAUUUUUCAAUGCGGCAAUGUGGGUGAAUUUUGAUUUUGCUGAUUCUGGUAUUGGAAGCCUCUCUGAUUUUGUCAUUGGCAAAUGAAUCUGACAUUUCUGGAGAUCUGGCUGCAUUAUUUCUCUAGGAAUACAGGUUCCAUGUAUAAUAUUUCAUAUUCGAGUAAUAGUUUGCCUCAUAGUUGAAGGGUUUCCCAUACCAAAUGUCAAAGACUCUUGCAGCCAUAGUAGGAGGUGCUGCAGGAGUCGUGGCAUUGGUCGGUAUCGUUAUCUUUCUUAUAUGGUUCUGCCUGUCUCAUAGGAUGAGUGUUUCGAGAACUUCCGAGACAGGGUCUUCAGAGCCAUCUCAAGCAGGAGGAAGGCAACUUGGGGUUGAGUUGUCCAUACGAGAAGCAAGGCGUUUUGAGAUGGAAGAAUUAUCUCUUGCCACAAAAAGUUUUAGUGAUAAAAAUUUGAUUGGGAUAGGGAAAUUUGGGGAAGUGUAUAAAGGUUUACUUAAUGAUGGGAUGCUUGUGGCUAUCAAAAAGCGAACUGGAGUACCUAGCCCAGAGUUUGUUGAUGAGGUGCGCUACCUUUCACCGAUUCAGCAUCGGAAUCUUGUAACUCUUUUGGGCUACUGCCAAGAAAAUAAUCUACAGUUUCUCAUAUACGAGUAUGUACCUAGUGGCAGUGUUUCCAGUCAUUUGUACGGUCCUAGUCAAGUUUCAGAUGGGAAACUAGAAUUCAAGCUUAGACUUUCAAUAGCUCUUGGUGCAGCUAAAGGUUUGGCUCAUCUUCACUCUCAGAGCCCUCGUUUGUUACACAAGGAUUUCAAAACGGCCAAUGUUCUUGUAGAUGAAAAUUUUAUUGCUAAGGUUGCGGAUGCAGGACUUCGUAAUUUCCUGGGAAGAGGGGAUGUUGCAGGUCCAUCUUCACAAGUGACAGCAGACGAGAUAUUUCUCGCCCCAGAGGUGAAAGAGUUCAGACGAUUUUCUGACAAAAGUGAUAUAUUCAGUUUUGGUGUAUUCCUUCUGGAGUUACUAAGGGGACGGGAAGCAACAGAAUCACCAUCUCUGGAUUCCAGCCAAAACCUGGUUGAAUGGGUUCAAAGUACUCAGGACUACAGUGUAUUUUCUAGCAUUAUUGAUCAAAGACUGGGAACUAGCUUUACAGCAGAAGGUAUGGAGGAGUUCAUACAACUGAUAGUCCGCUGCAUUGAACCUUCGAGCGAAAGGCGACCUGCGAUGAGUUACGUGGUGAUGGAACUCGAUAGGAUACUUGAGAAAGAGAUGAGCUUAACAACAGUCAUGGGGGAAGGAACCCCAACAGUAACUCUUGGAAGCCAACUAUUUAGAGCAUCAAAAUAAAACAAAUUGGUUUGCCUCCCAACAUAUUUUAUUGAGUGUGAGAUUUGUUAUACAUAUAUUUUUCAUCAUCUGUUUUUUUUUUCUGAAAUAUUAGAGAAGAAAUUCAGCUGUUUGUUAAGUGUAUAAAAAGAACAGCUGUAUUAUUUUUUCAUUUAUUUUUUUGCUGUGUCAUAAAUGUAUGUGAAAUCUUGUUGUAAACUAUUAUUUGUUGUUAAUAUGAAAUUAAAAAGUUGAGAUUUGUGUGA